UUUUGGCUUCUCUUCCCACCUAUUUACUGAACUUUAAAACUAAACCCCAACACACCACCCUUCCUCUCUAUAUCUAAUCCCUCCCUCCCUCUUCCAUGCACCUCUGCUCUUGUUGCUAAAACUAACAACCAUGGCCUUUUUAUCAUGCUCCUGGUUUUCUUCUUCUCUCUUUCUGCUUUUCAUUCUCAUGUUAGCUCCAUAUUCGACGGCUCAAGAAGCAGCCGGCGGUGGGCGGCGGCCAUUGGUUCCGGCGAUGUUUGUGUUCGGCGAUUCGCUUAUUGACAACGGUAACAAUAACAACCUGCCUUCUUUAGCGAAGGCCAACUACUUUCCUUAUGGCAUCGACUUCGCCGGCGGCCCGACCGGCCGGUUCGCCAACGGCUAUACUAUUGCCGAUGAGAUCGGUGAGUUGCUUGGCCUGCCACUCAUUCCUCCAUUCUCCCAAGUUUCUGGCAGCAUAAAUAAUGCUUUAAAUGGUGUUAACUAUGCCUCUGCAGCUGCAGGCAUUUUGGACAUAAGUGGAAGAAAUUUUGUAAGCUACAAUACUUUCAACCAACAAAUCCAAAACUUUGCGUCCACAAUGGAAGACUUCAACAACUUCUUCGGAGCACAAACGGCAGCAGAAUCCAUUGCACGCUCUGUUUUCUUCAUUGGAUUUGGAAGCAACGAUUACCUCAACAACUAUCUCAUGCCAAACUACAACACUCGAUUUCAGUACAAUGGGGAUCAGUUUUCUGAUCUUCUAAUUCAACGUUAUUCUAAACAGCUUGAAACUCUUUACAGUCUUGGAGGUCGGAGAUUCAUAAUUGCAAACGUGGGCGUGUUGGGGUGCAUUCCAUACAUUCUUUCUCAGAAUUUAAGCAGUCACUGCUCAUCAGAAAUUAAUAAUCUGGUGAUCAACUUCAACGGCAAACUUAAGCCGAUGCUGCAUAAUCUCAAUGAAAAUCUUCCAGGAUCCCAGUUUGUACACAUGGAUAUAUAUAGCAUGUUCAAGGAUAUACUUGAGAAUCCUAGGAAUUAUGGAUUCAGUGUGGCCAAUCGUGGCUGCUGCGGAAUAGGAAGAAACAGAGGGCAGAUCAGCUGCCUUCCAUUGCAGCCUCCAUGCCUAAACAGAGAUCUCUAUGUCUUCUGGGACGCCUUCCACCCUACAUCAGCAGUAAAUAUCAUACUGGCAAGACAGUCCUUCAGUGGCACCUCGGAUAUUGUCUCUCCAAUGAACAUACAACAGCUUGUAACUCUCAAUCCCUAAGUUUAAUUAGUUCUUUCUUGCCUUAUUUCUAUCCUCUCCAGUUUUCUUUGUAGCUUUCUAUCUCUAACCUUCUGUGUCCAACUGGACUAUUUG